AUGUUGAUUAUUACAUUUCUGAUAUUCUCAAUAGGGCUGGCAACAAUAAAAUAUGAUAGUAACUAUUAUAAUUAAUGGAAUUAUAAUGUUUAAUCUGAAUUUGUUUGUUGGGGAGGAGCCAGAUUUGACGCAACAAUAACAUUCGCAGACACGUUUGCAAAUAUUCCCCAAGUUUUUAUCACCCAUGAGUUGAUAGAUAUGGAUUAUAGAUAGUUUAUUACUUCUGGUUUCAAUCUUAGCAUUACAGACAUUACAUUAACAAGUAAGUACUUUGUUAUGCAUUUGUACUGUGAAUAUGAGAGAGGAUAUAGAUUCAAAAUAAGGUGGUUUGCGGUUGAUGAUCAAAGAAUAUAAGUUAUCAGUUAGUUUAAUUUGAUUCCGCUUAAGAACCUAAGUUAUUAUUAUGCAAACGUAAAUUGUGAUACUUAUUUCAUUACAAUUACAAGUUUUAGUUAGAUAGGGCCUACAGAUGUUUAAUUAUCCGUUAUUUUCACACCUCCUAAUAUAGUUUCCAUACUUUCCCCCUAUUCUCCUGGAAAAUCAGAAAAUUUAAUCUCUCUUGGAUUUUAAAUUAUUUUAGGAAUUGAUGAAGCCUUCAUUUAAUCUAACACGAUUUUAGCGCUUUCAAAUUAUGAUUCUAAUAUAUACGAUCCUAAUCAAGCAGAUCGAGUAGAGUUUUAUCCAUUUUCCGGAAUGGCAUAUGUCAAUGAUCAUUUGUUGUAAUGGGUAGUAGUUAUAGAUAACAAUGGUGUUGGUACAAAAUAUUAGAUAAAAGAUUGGGGGGCAGGAUAUACUACAAAUUACCAUAGAAAAGUUCGAAUGCUGAAAUCUUUUACAAAAGUCUUUUCGCCUAUUCUCUGCAAUUUUAUAAGAUUUUCUUCGAAACUUGAAUAUAGAGGUUUACCUAGGCCUAUGUUUUCAGUUGAAUUUACUGGUGAUUAAGUUAUUUUUACAGGAAAUGGAUAUCAUACAAUAAAAAAGUCGAUUUCUAACAUAGAAUUAAAAAUUAACUGCAAUUGUAUCACUGGUAAAAAGAUUAAAAGUAAAUUGUUUAAAUGUCAGAAUUGUCCUGUAAAUUAAAAUAAUUAUUAAUUUGAACACUCUUGUUAUGGAGCCAUUAAUUUAUUAUUUAUUAAUGCUCGAUUUAUAACUUAAACUACAGCCAUUUAAGAAUUAUAAAUUGAUAUUACAGCUACAAGUUGUAAAAUUACUUAAUUAAUCUACCAUUAACAAAAAUAAACCUAUGUAAUUGUUGAUAUAUAAAUCAUUGAUAGUUGA